AUGUUGACACUACUACCUCACUUCUCCUCUCUACACUUCCAACUCACCACUUCUUUCACUCAAGCAUCACCUACAACCUCACCUCUAUCAGCCAUCAUGAGCGACAUUCUCAGUGAGAAGACGACUUCGGACGUUAGCAGCGAUGCCACCACAUCGUCCCAGCGAUUUCAGGACCAACUGGAGUCUGUUCUGAAGAAGCUGAAGACCGAUCGAGGCAGCAUCACGGCGGAAGAGGCUCGCAUUCUGACUGAGAACGUCGCUAAGCCUGACGACAGAGCGGUCCGCAUUAUCUCUGCCGUCGAAUCCCUAGCUAUUGCUAACAAGGCUCCUCAUCGUUCCCUGCUGAUGGCCGCCAAGGACCUGCAUGCCGCUGUGGACGGCAGCUCUGAGGAAGCAACUACCGAGAUACUUCGUGUUGCUCAGAGCAUUGUUAGUACUGGCCUUGAGCUGAAUGUUGAGACAUACACUGACAACGCCACAGAACUACAAAAGGCCGUCGGUCAUACCAACGCCCCCCACCCCGAAGUCGAGGCUGAGCUCCAGGAGGAAAUCGCUAAGAUCGAACACAAAAUCGCGCAAGGCACUGUCAACAAGACUGAGGCUGACCGUCUCCAUUCCCUCGAAGCUCGUGCCCAUGGUCAUACCGAGAAAGGGGGUAUCGCCGCUGCAGCUCAGUCUGUCGUAGCUAAACGUGAGCGUCAACUGUCACUGAGCAGCUGUUCUGGAUCCGUUUCGAGUCCCAUCUAUGGGCGAUCCCGUGCCAACAGCAGGAACUUCACAUCGCCUCAGCAGCAAUUCUGUCAAGAGAGGUUGAACGAGUUUCACCAUGCAGAUAUGGCUAUCAGGCCCAAGACCGAGGCAGAAAUUGCAACCAAAUCAGGGACCGACAAACCACACACUCUCGAAGUUCGUGCUAACGGCGGCACUGCAAAGAGCGACACUUCAGCAAUGCGUGGAUCGGUCGCCAGCAGCAGACGUUCUCGUGCCAAUAGCAAGAGCAUUACCUCACCUGGAGAGCAAUUUCGCCAUACCAAGGAUGAGAACCGAUGCGACACGGAGGCGUUUAUCAGGCCCAAGACAGAGAAGGGCACCGUUAGCCAUACUGAUACCGACACUCUUCACUCCCGCGACACGCGCUCUCUUGGCCACAUUGGGACUCGCAGUCUUAGUGCCACUGCGCAGUCAUUCAUCUCGCGUAGAGCACAAGAGUCUCUCGGUAACGUUUCCAACUCUUCUGGGACGGAGCACCGCAAAGAACAUUCCCAACUCGACAAGGAUCUCCAAGAGGGUGAUGAGGAGUUGGACAACAGCAAAAGUGAAGCCUACAAGAAGCAUCUCGUAAACACGGGCCAUGACUGUGUCAAUGAGAGCGAUGACCUUCAGCUAGAAGACGGCGAGAUCUGUCCCCGUUGCGGCUACACCAACUGA